AUGAGACACAGAUUACCGGGACACGUGGACAGGCUCCGGACAUGGUUCACCCCUUUCUUUGCCAGCCCAACAUUCCGUGACGAUGCUGAGCCCGGGAAGCACAUCAUCGCAGGCCUCAUUAGUGAAAUGGCCAGUGGGCUUGCCAACCUGGUUACAGUUCCCUCUAUCGACGGCGACUCUGAAACGGAAAACCGAAUUCAGGAAGCCGUCCGCAGGUCGCUGCGCUUGUCACCCUUAGACGCAGGCCAAGAAAUCGCCGUUACCUCUGAGAACACAGGGGGCACAAGGGUAUUCCAAGUAGGUGGCCUUGUGGCGCAGGGCACAGAUGGCGUCGCGUUUCAAGUGACCGAUCUGGAAACGAACUCCCACCGUGUUCUCAAGGGCUUCGUCAUGAGAGCUCCUGAGACAGAGCGCCAGAUUACAGAAAGAAUUAUUAGGCUUGGACGUGUUCUACAGAAGUCGUGGAGGCGCAUGAGUGCUGACGACGCGUUAACGAAAUUGCGGUUCCUGGCCCCUCAGGAUUUCGUUCGUUUCGCGGAAGCGGACGACCCGUUUCUGGUGGUGGGAAUCGUGCCAAACGCGUUCUUCGUUUACCCGCAUCCAGCCACCAGCCUAGACAGGGUUCUUCUGGUCAUGCGCGAGGACGAGCGCGUGCGUACCAGCGCCGGGGCUCGCCUGUUACUGCUGAGCGCAACGACUCAAGUUAUAAGACUGGCCGCCUGUUACCACACACUAGGGCUGGUCCACGGUCACCUCCACCCAGGAUCUUUUUUCGUGUCGGAAGAUGGUCGGCUUCUGCUUGGUUCUUCUAGAGACGUGUACCAGCAAGGUGGGACAUAUGAUACAGUGCGGCACCGGUCUAUGCUUGCAGCUCCCGAAUUCACUUCACACAGGUUCACAUAUACCUAUGGCUAUGAUUCGUGGCAGCUUGGAGUCAUCCUCUACUAUCUUUGGUGCGGCCAGUAUCCGCAUGGUCUUGGUCAAAGCUCUUCAGUGCCUCAUGCUGACUCUAGCACGGAGCUUUCCUUUUCGUCGAGGGAUUGUCUUUUUGCUCCGGUGCCAUCGCCAGUCCAAAAUCUCAUCCAGGCAUUUUUGCAACGGUCUCGGUGGCGUCGAGUGCUUGCACGCAAGGCCUUUUCGAGCGAGGACUACAAACGGGUCGUGGCCGCUACUCUGGAACUUGUGGGCGAGCUUGAGAGCGAUCCAGGCAGCCAGUGA